AUGCCUACCGUCUCUGUGAACAAGCAGCAACUGUUUGACCUUUUGGGCAAGAACUAUACCUCCCAUGAAUUUGACGAAUUAUGUUUUGAAUUCGGUAUCGAAAUGGACGAAGAUACCACCGAGGAGGCCUUGAAAACUGGCGAAGAGCCCGAAUUGAAGCUCGACAUUAGUGCUAACCGUUACGACUUGCUUUGUAUCGAGGGUAUUUCCCAGGCGCUAAACGAGUACUUGGAACGUAAAGAAAGGCCCGAUUAUAAAUUAAGCAAGCCAACCACCAAGUUGAUCAUUGACAAAUCUACGGAACAAAUCAGGCCCUUCGCUACUGCUGCUGUGUUGAGAAACAUCAAGCUAAACGAAAAAUCGUAUGCCUCUUUCAUUGCCUUGCAAGAUAAACUACAUGCCAAUCUUUGUAGAAACAGAAGUUUGGUUGCCAUGGGUACCCACGAUUUGGACUCCAUUGAAGGUCCAUUCCAUUAUAGAGCUCUACCACCAAAGGAUAUUAAAUUCGUGCCAUUAAACCAAACCCAAGAAUUUACUGGUGACAAAUUGAUCGAGUUCUACAAGUCUCCAGAACAGAAAAACAACAUUGGUAAAUACGUUCACAUCAUCGAAGAUUCUCCAGUCUUCCCAGUCAUCAUGGACAGCAAGGACCGUAUUUGCUCUUUACCACCAUUGAUCAACAGUGACCACUCCAAGAUCUCCGUGGAUACACGCAAUAUCCUAAUUGAUAUUACCGCCACCGAUAAGACCAAAGCUGAAGUUGUUUUGAAUAUAUUAACCACAAUGUUCUCACGUUACUGUGACGAGCCAUUCUCAGUGGAACCUGUGGAAAUUGUUUCUGAGCACAACGGCCAAUCUCGUUUGGCACCAAACUUCAACAAGAGGAUCAUGGAUGUCUCCAUCAAAUACAUCAACUCCUGUCUAGAUCUAAAUCAAUCUGCCGAGGAAAUCGCACACUGUUUGAAGAAAAUGUCAUUGCACGCCGUUCCAUCCAAGGAAGACAAGGACAUUUUACACGUUGACAUUCCAGUGACUAGACCAGACAUUUUACACGCCUGUGAUAUAAUGGAAGAUGCUGCUGUUGGUUACGGUUUCAACAAUCUACCAAAGGGUGAGAAGCUAUCCAAUGCCAAUUUCAUUGCCAAACCACUGCCUAUCAACAAGAUAUCUGACAUCUUCAGAAUUGCAUCAUCCCAAGCCUCAUGGCUGGAAGUUUUGCCAUUGACCUUAUGUUCACAUGAUGAAAACUUCGGAUACUUGAAGCAGCCUGACAACAAUGACCUAGCAGUCAAAUUGGCCAAUCCAAAGACUCUGGAAUACCAAGUCGUGAGAACCACCCUAUUACCAGGUAUCUUGAAGACUGUUAAAGAAAACAGAAAGCAUUCAUUGCCAAUCAAAGUCUUCGAAACCGGUGAUGUUGUCUUCAAAGACGAAACUCUUGAAAGAAAGGCUUACAAUGAACGUCACUGGGCUGCGAUUUAUGUGGGUAAGAAUUCAGGAUUUGAAAUCAUCCAAGGUUUACUGGGUAAGAUCAUGCAGACUUUCAGAACAGAAUGGAUUGCCGACUACGGUGCUGGCGCAUCCGGUAGAGGUUACUGGAUCCAAGAAGACAACUCUGUCAAGACCUACUUCCCUGGAAGAGGAGCCAUUGUUAUGUUCAGAUCCAAAGAAGGUGCUAAGCCAGUACAGAUCGGCCACCUGGGUGUCUUGCAUCCUGAAGUCAUGAUGAACUUCGACGUCCCAUUCGCUGCGUCCUUCGUAGAGAUUAAUGCCGAAGUCUUCCUAUAA